ACAUGGUAGGCCGGGCAAGCAGAAAAACAACGAGUGCAGGAGCUAACGGUGGACACCUGGCGGACUGGGCACCUCGACCACGUCUGAAGGGCACCAGAGGAGUCUCGGGCCACCACCGAGGGGAGCAAGAGUCCAGGGCCCGCGGCGGCGACAGAGGCCCUGAGGGAGGCCGCGGUGCUGGGACUGUCGCCAGCCGAGGCUCGGCGCGGGGCUUGGAGAUCGGCCCAGGCGCCUCACUACUCACGUUGGACUAGCCGGUCUGCGGAAAAGGUGGAUGAGCAGCUGGUGACUAGCGCGCAGGGGACGCCCGCAGCCAUCCCUGCGCCAGCGAACAGGUUCUGUCCAGGAGCCCCUUCCGCCUUGGGCGAUACCACGGCCGCCGGCGCGCGGGGGAGACGCGCAAAGGAAGGCGCAUUCUCAGAAGGCACGGCCGGCCCUGCCUCCUCCCCCAGCCCCUCUUCCGCUCCCGGCGUGGAUCAGGCCGGGCUGCGCGUGGCGUUGCCAUGGGGACGAGCUCCCUCCGCAGUAGGUUCCGGCGCCUGGAGAUCUCGCCUCCCCGGGGAGGUAGCCCCGCCCGGCUGUAGGCAUGGCCCAGGAGACGGAAAACCACGACCCCAUCGGAUCCAUAUUAAUCCAGGUCCAUGAAGAACUUUAUCAAUUAAAGGAGAAAUUAACAAAAUUCCCACUUGAGGAAAAAGGCAAAACACUUGACAUUCAGAAUCUUGAAACAGCAAUCAAAAGGACUGAAAUGGGGUUAAAAAUUCACAUCGAGAAGUAUUUAAAUGUUGUACACCAACGUGUUUUAACAACUCCUAUUGAUGAUAACUUAUAUUCUUCUCGCGCUUCCAAAUGGUUGCUUCCAGCUGUCAUUGAUCAGAAAUCCUUUAUUUUCCCUCUGGAAUCUGAGGGGAAACUUUGGCAACCCCCAAGACAGCACAGUUCAUUUCCACAUGCCUUUCCAAGAGUAAAGGUGAAGGCUCAGAAGUUAAUAAAAGGGUCCACCAUAUCCAACCUCACGGUUCUGCCAGCUCCUCAUCGCACGAAUCCCUAUUUCACCCCUGUGCCAGUCUUACAAGUGGAUGCCAAUAAAGGUAUUUUAAGUAUGAUAGAACAAGGAUUGAUUCCACCAACAGCAAGAAUUACCUUUCAGAAUCCACCCAUUACACCCAGAGCAGCUCCUCUGCAUAGUUUUGAUGAAGCACGUAAGAUUUUGACUACUGCCCCUUUCGCUACACCCCAGAGAACACAAUCGAUUCCAGCGGAAGUGAAGAAUCCCUCUCUCAGGAAACAAAGAUCAGAGGAGAAAGGCAGAAAGUCAAGAGAAUAUCAUGAUAGGAAGGCCAUGAAAGUGACAACACCUUCUAAGGCUCUGAAAUCACCAUGGGAUUAUGACUUUUUUAUUUAUAAUGGUGUUGUAGACAAGACAGCCCCAGACUUCUUAGCGUUCAAGGAACAUUUCAGUUUGUCUUGGGGAAGUAUUUUUUCUCUCUUGGAACACAUCGAGAAGUUUCUCAGGGACUAUGCGAUACCAGAAGUCAAAAUAAAAGGGAACAGUUUAGUAGCGCUCCUUCCAGAGUUUGAGCUGAAGAAUAAACUUACCAGAUACGACCUUCUCUCAGUGUUAGAGAACCCAGUUCACAUCCAAAUGAUGUUAAAUCUCCCCGGGCAAAGAUACAAGGGCCGAGAUGGAAAGACAGAGGCUGCCAUGAAGAUCCAAGCCACAUGGAAAUGCUACAAAGCAAGAAGAUUCUUUCUUGUUUAUCGCCGGCAGAAGUGGGCGUCAGGUGUGAUCGCCGUUGCGUGGCUCUUACAUUGCCAUAAGACCCGGCUGAGGAAGCUCCUGAAGGAAUCACGUGAAAGACACCUGGAGAAUUUCCGCGUUCGAGCCAAGCAUCUGGCAGCCAACUGGAAUCGCAUCAGGACCUCCAGGAGGACUAUUAUCCAUAUCCCAUCAUUAGGAUAUUGCCAGCCUGUGCGACAAAAUAUUGACGACUUCAACACGCAGCAGAACAUGCAGCUGGGGAGGCUGUGUGACAUCUUAGAUGCCAACGUGAGCGUCAUCUACAUCUGCUCCCAUCGAAUGAAUGACGAGUUGCUGCUGUAUUACAAUAAAAUCCUGAGUCUACAGGCAGCUGUCAAAUCAGGGAAACUUGAGGACAGAAGUGACCUGCAGGACAGGUUCAAAAUUAUCACCCCUGAAGCUAUAAACAUCUUCACUAAGCAGCAUAUGUGCCUGGCCACUCACCUGAUGUACAGUCCCAAGGCAAUCAAAAGAAUAAAAAAUCUCAUCCAAGGAAAAGAAGCCUACAUUGUCAGCGGGCUCCUCCACAGAGAUGAUUUAGCUGUGGCGGAUAUGUUAGACAUACCCAUCCUGGGCCCAGAGCCUGAACUAGCUCAUUUCUAUAGUACCAAGUCUGGAAGUAAACGGGUGUUUGAAAGCGCCAAUGUGCCAGUCCCUCCUGGAAUAUAUGACGUCUAUAGUCACCAGCAGAUCAUAGAACAGGUGAGUCAGCUGGUCAUUGAUCACCUGGAAAUCCAACGCUGGCUCUUUAAAAUGGACUAUGAGUUUGGAGGAAAUGGGACUGCAUUUUGUGACAUUCCUUCCCACCUAAAGUGCUACAAGUGGGUCCUAAAGGAGAGUCACAGAUACAGCCGUGAAGACUGGAGCAAGAAAUGGGCACAAGAGCCAGCUUUGGUGAAGAUCUCCGAGGAGCUGGCGGGCGUUUUAGCACAGCACGCACAGCCAGUCAAUGAGAAACGGUUCCCGACAUGGAGGAAAUUCCUCCAAACAUUUCUCAGUCAAGGAGGCGUGAUCGAAGCAUACCCACCUUCAGAGAGCGUCACCAACCUGACAGUGGACAUGCUGAUAGAACCCAAUGGAGAAAUCAGAAUGCUGUCAACAGGGGACCAGUUUCAUGCCGAAGGUCCCUUCAUCUCCUCUGGGACCACCAUGCCUCAGACCUCAUUGGAUCCCCAAGUUCUCAGUUCUUUGUGCCUUCAAAUUGGAAAUGCUUGUAAAAUGAAAAAUGUGAUUGGUUACUUUUCCACCAACCUGGUGACUUUUAUUGAUCCAAGGACCAUGGAGCAGCAGGUGUGGGCAACAGGCCUCAACCUCUCAUACAGUGACCAGCUGGCCCUGACUCAGCUCACCUUAUACUUGACCAACGGCCACCUGGAUUGCAGUUUGAGCACCCUUGAAGUGCCCCGCUUUGUUCCCAAGAAAGACAAGAAAAUGAGCCACCUAAACACUGCAGCAAUGCCGUCACUGGCAACCAGUCGCUAUGCGGUAAUGAGCACCCAGCUGAGGCACAACAAUCUCUCUCUGAUUUUCCACUAUGUUUUUCUCCAGAUGUGUAAGGCCCAUGGCAUCGGCUAUGAUAUUGAGGACAGGCAAGGAACUAUCUUUAUAUUAUAUGAACACCUGAAGAGAGACAAGUUGGGAAUGUUAACAAUCGGUGAGGAUCUCCAGGGGGUCCUCAUGACCUUUGCUCGCAAUCUCUUCAUCAUCCAUCAAGAAAUAUCAGCACCUAAUAUGCAAGGCGAGACCAAUUUUAAGACCGCCAUUGAUGACAUUGAAGCCAUUCUAGGAGUAACAGAGGAAAACAAAUUGAGAUUUGAAGAAAACCUAGAGUCCAAAGAUGAUAAAAAACCUCUCUGA